UUUCAGUUCGAUGUCGAAAACGCUGUCGUCGCUUGACUUGAGCUACAACCAAUUAGACAGUGUACCAUUCCAGGCUAUGAAGGAUUUGCGCAACUUGCAAUGGCUGAAUUUGCAUGGGAAUGAAAUUCAUUCGAUUGUGGGGGAUUGGUCGCAUAUGAAAACGAAUAUAGUGAACCUGUUCCUGGGAGAGAACGACAUUGCCGAAGUGCCUUCGGAGGGUGGAGGAGAGCAUUCUGGCAAAUUGCACCACGGCCUUCGGCAAUUCAAGUCGCUGAUUUGGUUGAACCUGGACGGAAACCGAAUAUCCAGAGUGCACAGGCACUCUCUGCCGAUGAGCCUGCAGACCGUCAGUCUGUCGCACAAUCUCAUCGAGAGUUUUCCGAUCGAUGUGAUUUCCACGUCUCCGCACUUGCAGUGGCUGUAUUUGCGCGGCAAUCACAUCCGUUCCUUCCCCGCCGAGCACACCUUCCCGCGAAAACUCUGGCUCGAGAAAAUUGAUUUGGGCGAGAACUACUUGCGAACUUUGCCCAAACUGCCGUUCAACAACUCCGUCUACAUCCGAGACCUGAAUCUGGCCUUCAACGACAUCCGUACGAUCUCAUCGGACAGCUUCAACGGGCUGCAGUGCGGCAGGAUAAUCGUCUCGCACAACCAGCUCGAAAAUGUCGAACCGAAAGCCUUCAACGGCAUCGAAACGACACUCGAAUACCUGGACUUCGAUCACAACAACUUCAUACACGUGCCGCAUGCCCUCAGCCAACUCAAAUCGCUGAAGUAUCUGUACCUAUCCUCGAACUCCCUCACCGAAAUACCGCCGACUAUCUUUGAGAGUUUCUGCGAAUCGCUGAAAGCAGUCAGCUUCAGCGGCAACAACCUCAACAAGAUACCGAAAGAAGCGCUCGUCAACUGCACGAAAAUAUCUCACUUCAACAUCGCCUACAACGAAAUCUACGAGAUCAGCGAAGACGACUUUACCGAUUGGGGUUACAAUAUUAAGAGCCUCAUCAUGGGCAACAAUCAUAUAACGAGUCUGAAGCCGCAGAUUUUCGCGGAGCUUUCCGAGCUUCGAGAGCUGAGUCUCAGCUUCAACCCGUUACGGUACAUCGAUCCGGAAGCGUUUAUAGGUUUGGAUUAUCUAGAGAGUCUGGAGAUGUCUUUCGGCAUCGAAAUCGGUGAACUACCGUAUGAAAUUUUCAAACCGAUUCCCAACCUCCAAUGGCUUUCAAUCGAUAACAAUAAUUUCUUCUCGCUGCCCGAGGAGGCGUUCGACUAUCUGCCAGAGCUCAAGUACAUCAAUCUCGAAUCGAACAAGCUGAACGGCAUCCACGUUAAUCUGCUGAAGAGCAAGAUCCACACGAAACUGCGCGACGCCCGUUUCUCGAACAACGAGAUCGGUUUGAUCGGAUCUCACACGUUCCACGGUUUGGCCAGUUUGGAGACCGUUCUGCUUGCCACGAAUCGCAUCAAGGGGAUCGCCAGGAACGGCUUUAGCGACCUGCCCAAUUUGCAGAAAUUGAUUCUGUCCGAUAAUCAGAUCAGCAGCAUCAGUGUGCACGCGUUCACUAAUUUGCCCAAUUUGGGUAAACUUGAUUUGCAGAAUAAUCAGCUCGUCGAGUUCUCGUUCAAAAUAUUCGCAAACAUUUCCAAUCCUCUACACUUGAAUUUGAGCAGGAAUCAGAUAAUGCGAUGCGACGCGGACAACAAGAUAUUGAAUAUCGAAAUUUUAGAUUUACGUUAUAACAGCAUCGAUGCUAUACCGAAAUGCUUUGAAAACAUAUCGAUGUUGAGAAAACUUUACCUAGAUUUCAAUACCAUCACUGUACUCGAACAAAAUACGUUCAUGCAUUUAACUUCGCUAGAGCAGCUAACGCUUCAGCAGAACGAUAUUAGGAACAUCAACAGAAGAGCCUUCUCCGGUCUACAAAACUUACAAACAUUAGAUUUGUCGAGCAACCGCAUUACGCAGUUGCACAACCUCUUAUUCUCGAAAAUGCCUAGAUUGCGUAUACUGAACUUGAGCAACAACAACAUCAAUUAUCUAUCCAAAGAAAUAUUCAGCAACACAGUACUUGAAAUGUUAGAUCUAAGCUCCAAUUCUUUCGCAGUUAUUCCCAGCUUGAGUUUAUCGGAAGUGGGAUUAACGUUAAGGCAUUUAAACAUACGUUUCAACAACAUCGAGCACAUCGACAGCACCACCUUUCCCGAUAUUCCCUACUUACAGUUCCUCGAUCUGGGCAACAAUAAAUUAACUAUUUUACCCGACAACGUAUUCACCAGUCUCGGGAUGCUUCAAAAAUUGGAUUUAAGUUACAACAACAUUAGAGCUAACUACAAGGAGCUAUUCCAUUACGCUCAAAAUUUAAAAGAGUUGCGCCUAUCGCACUGUGGCAUUACAACAACCCCAAGCCUUCCUCUACCAAAUUUGGUCUACUUAAAUUUAUCUAACAACAACAUCGAUAACAUGAACAGAAACACCGUUCAAGAUCUGCUGAGACUCAAGCAUCUCGAUUUGAGCAAUAAUAAAGUUGUGCAAAUACCUUCGCACCUUUGGAAUCAUUUACCGCAUCUGAAAUCUUUGGAUCUAUCAAACAAUCCUAUAAAGGAACUUGUCGCUGAGACCUUUCAAGGUUUGAAGAAUUUACAGAUCCUUAACAUUCAGGGUUUAAGUAAAUUGCAGAAGUUCGAUGCGAAGGCGCUCACGCACAUCAAGAUUUUGCACACGCUGGCCUUACAAACGUGGCCUAAAAUAGAGAAUUUCAAGGCCCAGCUGUGCGCCUUGCUAGCAAACGCCAAUCAAAUACGAAUCCUUAAGCUGCACGUCGAAGAUCCUAUACUUGACGAUCAGCUGAUUUGCAUUUCGAAUAGGAAAAUCCGACAGCUCGAGAUUACUGGAAAGAAUUUGAAGAGCGUCGAUAGGGAUGCCUUCCAGAAGUUCUCGAAGAAUCCCGAUUUAGUAUUAAAAAUCACGGGAACGGAAAUUGAGGAAUUACCGGCUGGAUUGUUCGCAAACAUGUACAAAAUCUCGUAUCUGAACAUCGAUCUGAGGAAUAACAUGCUUUCUUAUUUGAGUCCUGAGAUUUUCUAUGGUAACGUUACUACUUGGAAGAACGCCGGAACAACUUUGAUUUCAGGUGGUUUAACCAUUUCUCAUAAUCCUUUCAAAUGCGGAUGUCAUCUGGCUUGGUUGGGACACUGGUUGAGACGGUGGAUGCGCGAGAGCCUCCAAUCCCAUGACGCCCCCGUAGAGACAUCGAUGAGGAUGAACGAUCUGGUGAAGGAAGCCACCUGCACGGAUUCCACCAAAGGUGUAACGAUACCAAUAGUACAACUUCCUCCAGAAGAUAUGAGUUGCCAUGCGAGCGCCCUCAGCACGGCGCCUAAUUCAAACAAUAUCUCUGUGAUCUACAUAGUUUGUUUUUUGAUAUUCAAUUUUAUAAGUCGUUAAUCUGUAAGGAAUCUUCCUAAUUCAUCAUACAUUUUUAUUGAUUGAGUUGUUGAUGGGAAUGUACAGUUGUUGUUUUU